GAUUGUUUCUUCUGAGUUGUCCGCCACGUUUCCACACCCUCUGCCUCGGCCAGUCUGAUAAUAAUUUUGCUCUUCCGUCAUGCUCGUCUUGCGUUCACUGUUGAAAGCAUUGGAUCUCGUACUUGAAUGUUCAUCUUGAUCUCUCAAUUUCAUCAUCUGGAUCUUAUUUUUUACGAUUUCUACAAUUUUUUCUUCUUCUUUCAGAACAACAAUUAAAUCACCAGUAUAACUACGAUUCUGGCAGUGUUCUCAACAUGUAGUUCAUUUUUUCCUUUUCUGAUACCUUACAUGUCUCGUUGAAUGGUUCGCACGCUGACACUUGAUAGUCCGGCAUUGAAAUCUGCAGUAAUUUGCGGAAAGGUUGCACUUCUGUCACGUGUAAUGAUUCUCCUCAGUCGUCGUCGGCCACGUUCUUGCACGAUCAUUUUGCGGCCGCAGCCGUGCUGGAGGUUUGAUGUUUUACCGGAUUCCCGAUAUACGAUUCAUGGUACACUCAUGAAAUGGUCAUACGGGGAACUCCAAAUUUCAUCGUGACCUCGGAGAUCCUAUGCCCCAUCUCUUUUGCGCCGACAGUUACACUACGUUCAAACGCGCGUAACUCGUAAUAACUUGCCAUUGUAGCAGCAGUAACCGAUCUAACAACUGUCAAACUGUGGUUGCUUUACAUAGUCGUUUCGGACUGAAGCGCCGUAUUCUGAUUGUUUCCAAAUCUGUGAAGUCUUUGUUCCUACCACCUUGUUAUGCACAACUAAACGUAAGAUGUGCAUUUUUUGUCAUUAUUCUAUUCUUAGCAUGUUAUAUAGAUUGUGGCUUGUGCACUCCAAUUAGGACAUAAUUAUUAAUUGCAGGAAGGAAGAGGAACUGUUUCCGUUCAGAGCAAUAGUAAACCAACUUUCAAGAAUUGUUCAAAAUAUCAGCCAUCUGUUCUAGAAGAAACAGAGCCUGGUCGUCAUGUAUUAACGGUACAAGCUGAAGACAGAGAUCCACCUGAUGCUGGUGGUACCCUUACAUAUUCUUUUGUCACUGCCCUUGGUGAACGUGAAAAAUUUAGAAUAGAUAAUGUUACUGGUGAAAUUACUACAAAACAGCCAUUUGAUCGUGAUGAACCUAGUCGUGAAAAAGAAGUUUAUAUAGCGGUGCGAGCAACUGAUAAUGGACGACCACAAUUAGAUGAUAUUUGCUCAAUUAAAGUUGUUAUUGAAGAUAUAAAUGACAAUCGACCAAUAUUUGAUAAAGUGAGUUAUCAUGAAUCUGUUCCGAAAGAUUUGAAAGUCGGCCGAGAAGUGAUGAGAAUAUCUGCUACAGAUAUAGAUGAUGGUAAAAAUAGUAUUGUUUCUUACAUUCUCAUGUCUGAACGUGAUGCCUCUGAUAUGAACUACUUCAGAAUAGAUGAAAAUACAGGAGUGAUAUUCUUAAAUAAGAGUAUUGAUAAACCUGUUGAUUAUAAAUUUAAAAUGAAAGCUCGUGCUAUGGAUCAUGGAAAACCUUCUUUGGAGCAAGAUAUUGGUGUUGAGAUAACUGUUGUAGGAUCGAAUAGAAAAGCUCCUACGUUUUUAAAAACACCAGAUACGUUGUAUAUUAAAGAAAAUCACACAGAUUUUUCAACCCCCUUGAUAACCAUUCAAGCAAGCUCAAACAUUCCAAAUGAUACUCCAGUGUUCGAGCUUCUGAUUGGUCGAACUGAACAAACAAAUAAGCAAAAUACCUUUGUCUUGGAGCAGCAUAAUGAUACUGCAUAUAUAAAACUUGGGAAGCGUUUGGAUUAUGAAGCUAUAAAUGAAUACCAAUUGAUUGUGAGAGUUCAGAAUAAAGAUAACUUGGCUGCUCAACAAUUUAUAGUUAUUAAAGUGGAAGAUGUAAAUGAUGUAAUUCCAGUUUUCAUUGAUAUUGUGCCUGGAAGUGUAUUAGAGAAUGAGCCUCCUGGCACACCGGUUAUGCAAGUUCGAGCUAUAGAUUUAGAUGGCACUACAGCUCAUAAUCAGGUAACAUAUGAAUUGGAAAAUGUAACAGAGGUGCAAGAACGCUUCCAAAUAGAUCCUCACACUGGUAAUAUUACUACAAAAGUCAAAUUUGAUCGUGAAGAGAAAGAUUUUUACAAAGUAAAAGUUAUUGCAACCGACAGCUCUCCGUCUGCCCUAUUUCAUGACGGAAGACAUAAUAAAGGUGAACACACUUUUCGAAUCGAGAUAGCCGAUAUCAAUGACAAUCAACCAAGGUUUACCAAAAAAAUGUAUAUAUUUGAAGAAAUUCCAGAAGAUGCAAAUCUCAAUCAGCAAGUGGGUGAGGUGAGGGCGGAAGACAAGGAUUCAGCAUCCCCAGUAACAUACAGCAUCAUUGAUGGAAACAUAGGUAAUGCAUUCUUGAUUGAGAAUACAACUGGAAAAAUUAGAGUAAAAAAUGCUCUUGACUAUGAAAUUCGUACUGAAUAUAUGCUCACAGUGCGUGCUUUUGAUGGAGCUUACAAAGAUGAAGCAAAUGUAUCUAUUAAAAUUGGAAAUGUAAAUGAUAACCCCCCGAUAUUUUUACCUUACAAUAAAAAUAUUACUAUUAAGGAAGAAGAAUUACCAGAAGAAGAAUGUAUAACUAAGUUAGAAGCGUAUGAUCCAGAUAUAGUGAAUCGAAGUUGGCCUCAACAUAUUGUUUAUUUUGUGGUUAAAGAAGAUCAAAAAGAUAAACUUAAAAUUAAUAAAGAUGGCUGCUUAUCCCUUAUAAAGAGUCUUGAUCGUGACCCGCCAAAUGGUUAUGAUGAAUGGCAAGUCUUUAUUGCUGCUGAUGAUGAGGAUGGUGAUGUAAAAUCUCUACGACAGACGACCGAUUUUCUCAUUCAUCUUAUCGAUAUAAAUGAUAAUGCUCCGUUUUUGGAUAUGGUACAACCAGUUAUAUGGAUGGAAAAUCAGCCACCUGGUAACAUAACAGUUUUAACAGCAAAGGAUUAUGAUAGUGAUGAAAAUGGACCACCAUUUAAAUUUGUUAUUGAUGAAAAUGCUUCAGAAGAUAUCAAAAGGAAGUUCUAUAUUUUAGAUGCUACUUUAUUUGCAAAUGUUACUUUUGAUCGUGAAGAGAAAAAAGUAUAUCAUAUACCCAUUGCAAUAACAGACAGUGGUGUGCCUCCACUUACUAAUACAAGUUUUCUAAUGGUGGUUAUUGGUGAUGUUAAUGACAAUGCAAUGAAGAAUGGCGAAAGUAGUAUUUUUGUAUAUAAUUACAAGGGAAAGGCUCCUGACACUGUGAUUGGACGAGUAUAUGUUGAUGACCCUGAUGAUUGGGAUAUUGUUGACAAACAUUUUCGUUGGAAAAGUGAUAAUGUUAAUCAGCCGUUCUGGUUAGAUACCGAAACUGGCAUGAUAACAAUGUUAAGUGGAACUAGUAAUAGCAGUUUUCGAUUGGAAUUUAUUGUCACUGAAAAGUCUGCCCUUAUUAAGGAGCAUUUUGUGGAAGCUGCUGUUAAUGUCACUGUAAAAGAGUUGCCAGAGGAAGCUGUUGACAAAUCAGGUUCGAUCAGAUUUGCUGGGGUAUCAGCAGAAGAUUUCAUUGCUCCUGGACCAAACCUUAAACCUAGUAAAUUAGCGCAAUUUUCAGCUUAUCUUGCUAAUAUUCUCAACACUUCUGAAGAAAACAUUGAUACAUUUACUGUGCUACAUUCUCCACAUAAUAAUGAUAGUAAUCUAUUGGAUGUGCGCUUUUCUGUGCAUGGAUCACCAUAUUAUCACCCAGAAAAAUUGAAUGCAAUUGUUGGAGAACAUCAAGAAAAGCUAGAGAUUGAACUGGGAGUUGAAGUUGUAAUGAUAAACAUCGAUGAAUGUCUCAUUGAGAAAGCAUUUUGUAGUGAAUUAUCAUGCACAAAUAUCUUGAAUAAAAGUGAAGUACCUUAUCCUGUAUAUACCAACACCUCAUCUUUUGUUGGUGUUAAAGCAUUCGUUGAUCCUGUGUGCGAGUGUCAAAUCAACCCACCAAAAACAAAAUGCUUAAAUGGAGGUACACCACUGGAAGAUAGGUGUGAAUGUAACCCAGGAUUUGAGGGACCAAAUUGCGAAAUCUUGUCUGUAGGAUUUCACGGGGAUGGAUGGGCCUUAUACCCUCCCAUUCCAGCAUGUAAAGAAGCAUCUUUAUCCUUGGAUGUUACUCCAACGAAAGACGAUGGAUUGAUCUUGUAUGUUGGGCCUAUUAGACGCAAUACAGUGCUAAAUGUUCAAGAUUUCAUGUCAUUGGAGCUUAAAGACGGCUACCCACGACUACUUAUGGAUUAUGGUAGUGGAACCACAUUUUUGGAACAUAAACAAAGUAGACUUUCUGAUGGAAAGUUGCACCAUAUUGACAUAUUUUGGACAAACACCAGUAUCGAAAUGAAAGUAGACAGUUGUCAAAUGAGUUCAUGCCUGAGACUGACCACUCCAAUAAAACCUAAUGAAUUUUUGAAUGUUAAUGGCCCUCUCCAGCUGGGAGGAUCAUUUGUUGACCUUGCAUCUCUCAGUAAGGAAAUGCUUUGGAAUUACGCCCCAUCAGAUGAGAAGUUUAGUGGUUGUAUUCGUAAUCUUACAUUCAAUGGGAAAACGGCACGAGAAACAUUAGAAACAGCAAGAUUACUUGGGAGGCGCCUGGGAAGUUAG